AUGGCUGAAUACGCUCAAGUCUACUCUACAAUUCCCGAGGGGCUAUUGAAGCUUCUUAGUGAUAAUCUUCCCUAUUCGCUUCCUUUGCUGCGACGGAUACAGUUUACCAAGUUUGAGGGCGGGUUGACAAAGACUGCUAGAAUUAUUCUUGUCUCGGAACAUGGAGACCUUGGGGGUGAGGCGCCGCCUCAGAGGUUCUCGGCUGCGUACCUCGAUAUUGGGGGUGGCCCGGAUACGCAGAUGUGGGUGUACUCGACAGUGGAGAAGUCCAGCGACCUAGACACGAAGGAAACCAUCGUCUACGAGAGACAACUCGCAAGAUUGGUAGAUGAAGCCGUCAGAAUCGCCAAGGAAUACAACAAGGAACUUGCAUAUCCUAGUGCAGUUCUGCUAGGAACCAUCCACGACACGACGCGUGCGCUCCUCGCAAAGACGGGACGAGUUGAGGCACGGGAAACAGGAGCCUACGACAAGUGGCUCUUCCAAUAUCAAGACAUUCCCAACGACGAAACCAAGUUGCCAGAGGGGAUGAACUGGGGAACUGCCAAUGAGGAUGAUUGUGCAGUUGUCGUCUCGAGGACAAACAUUCCACGGACAGUCGAGGUUUUGAGCCGGAUGCCGAGUUUGGUGAUCAAACUCGACGACGGGACACCUAUAUCAUGGGCAUUCCUAGGUUUUGAUGGCUCAUUGGUCAGCCUUCACUGCGAGGAGGGUUAUCGUCGCCGCGGUCUAGCCAAGACCCUCGCCGCAAAGCUGUUUCGCGAAAAGUCGCGUGCUUUUGCUGAUGAUGGGUGGUGCUCUGCCGAUGUGGCACCUGAUAAUGAUGGAAGUCGGGGGAUGUGUAAGAGGUUGAACGGGAAGCCUUACUGGAGGAUUUCAUGGGUGUUGUUGUAUGUUGGGGAGAAGCCGCCGGAGAAGCUGAAUGGUGUGCAAAAGUGA